UCACGCUCAUCCACUAGUUACCGUGCUCCUCUUGUUAUCUCUCUUUAUAAGACUUACUUCACCUCUUGCAUUCGACCCUCUUCUUCUUUCUCCUCUCAACCAUUUUCUCUUUAGCAAAACCAAAACCUAAUUUUUUUUUUGUUGCUUAAAAACUUUUAGCCAUGGAGGUUCCCAUGAUUAAUAUAAUUAGAGAUUUCGAAGUGGGCAUGAGCUCAAUAAACGACCCGUCGUUUCUCUCCAGAUCUGUUGCUGUUUCCGGUAUCGGAAAGCUACACCAAGCUUACGGUUUCUGGAAAUGGGGAGCAUUGAUUAUUGCUUUGUUAGCUUAUUUCACAAAUUUCAUUACAAGACUCAAGAGUUUAGUUGUUAGGUUACGAAAAAUCGAUGUCUCAAUAUCUCCUCCAACUCUUUUCGAUGAUUACGACAGCGACUCCGAUGUUUCUUGCUCUUCCUCUGUUUCUUCAGACGAUGAAGACGAAGAUGAUCGAGAAGAUGAUGAAGACGAAGACGAGAAAGAUGUUGACUUUAUCUAUAAUAAGGGAUGGGUCAACGGAGGCUUCCGCGUGAAAGGGUCUGAUUAUUACAAUAAUGACAACCAGGGGCAAAAUGGUAAUUUCUCAUGUUUCAAUGGUAGCUUCGGGGAUUUGUUCUCGUGGCCGGACCUCGGUGGGAUCGGGUCGAGCGGAGUCGUGAAGCUUUGGGAUCAUUUAGAUAUAUACGGCGGAGACUACGACGGAGAUGAUGAUCAACAGAACAAUGUGGUGGCGUCGUUUCUCAGAAACUGUAGCUCUUCUUCGCCGUCGACGUUUUUCUUGACGGCGGAGAAGAAAGGUAGCGACGCCGUUAAAGUGGAGGCGUGUGAUCCACGCGUUGGUUUUAGGAUGCCGGCGUUGCUGGCGGAGUGGAGGCAGCCGGGGAGGUUUCUUGGGAACAUAGUCGGAGUUGACGUCGGCGGCGUGGAGAAGUUAUAUGUCAGGGAUGACGUCAGCGGGAAAAUCGCCAUGGGAGAUUUGAGGAAGUUUAACGGUGCGUUGACGGAAUCGGACGGUGAGACUUGGUGGGACGCUGACGUCGUUGUCGCGGCUGAUGGUUUCGUUGAGGAGAAGCGGUGAUUAAAUGAUUAAGAAUUGAUUGGGGGACGGUUGCGUCUAUAAAUUAAAGACGGCGAAUGAUUUAAACGCGAAAAUGUGUAAAACGGGAACGCCGAACGUUUUGUAAAUAAUUGGGUUGUAUGUUUGUUUCUCGUCAUUUUAAAAUUUAAAUAAAAUCAUCUGAGGUUGAUUUUAUAAAAAAAAUGAUUUAAUAUA